AGUUAUCCGAUUAAACUGGUUUGAGAGCAAGACCCUGAGAGUCGCCAUGUCGCCGUUGGACACUGUGCCCAACACCACUUGGAGUGCCAUGAUCUCAAAGGAGGACUGGCCCCCUAAAAUGGCCGAUGACGAGGAGCCUCUGCGAUGGAAGCUGCUCGUGGUGGUGAUCGACUGCAGCUAUGGGCCGCGGCUACACAAUCCUCCGAGGUCCAUCCGAGCUCUGAAAGCCAAGCUGGCGGCCGCCCUUGGAAUUGAGGCACUCUCGAAGCAAUCUGGCACCAGUGGAGCCGAGGCAGCCUCUGCACAAGCGAUUGUCACUGGCGUCGAAGGGCCGAAGAGACAUCUCCUCGAGCAGGACGACGACUUGUGUGGCUUUUGGGACCGAGUGACGAGAAAUCCUGGUCUCACAGAGGAUCACGACGAGGCCCGCCGGGCCAGCAAGGCUUCAAGCAAGGCUAUGGCAGUCUAUGCCUCUGUACCUUCUAUGCAGAGCUCGUUGGCACAGCCACAGCAUCGGCGGAGGAGCUCCUCUCGGUCCUCGCCCAACCCCAACCCAAACACGCCUUCCGCGACAGCCAUGGGUGCCCUCUUCGGGACGGUCUUCUCCAAGUCGGCUCCAAGCCUCCAGAGCACGGCACAAACAGCGCUGCCUCCGCAGCUGCCUCCUCAACUGCCUCCGCAGCUACCUCCAGCACUGCCGCCGUCGCCGGUGCCGCACGUCGCUGAGAGGGUGGAGGGCCCUCGCACUUCAGGUAUUGAUCUCUCUGCCUUUGAAGCGCAGAUGCGGCAGCUCGAGGAGCGCUGCGAAGAUGCAGAAUUAAAGUUGGAGACCUGCACGCAGCACUUGGAGAACUGCAAGGCGGAGCUUGAGGUUGUGGAGCACGAGCUUGAGGAUGAGCGAAGAGCGCACACCGCAAGCGAGGAGAGGAUUGCCCAACUUGAAGACUUGAGUGCCCAGCUUCAGGAGCAGAACCUGGGCUUCAUCAAGACUUUCGAGGAGCAGAUCGAGCAUGCCAGAAGAGAAAUCAAGCUGGAGGUCCAAGAAAGCUAUCAAGCUGUGCUCGACAGCCAAUCCAAGAAAGUUCACGAGGCCGAUGGGCAGAGCAAGAGAAUAGAAGGGCAGCUGCGGGUGGCCGAAGCAAAGAUAAGCCAGCUAGAAUCGGCAUUGCGAGUGGAACGUGGCAAUGCGCAAAGAUGUGAGGCUGCACUUGCAGGGGAGCAUGCAAAGAUCGAGGAAUUGACUGCUAAAAUCCAGAGCCAGGCGGCUCGACUGCGGCAGCUGGAAUUCUAUGCCAACUCAUGGUACAAAAAGGUGCAGGAGUUGGCCGAGGUUUGUAGCAGCCGGGUGAUCACCGAGCCAUCGAACUUUUAUGCGUUCACCAUCUCCAACUUCACGAAAAAGUUGAAGUCUUGGCCAAAAGGCCGCAUGGUGCAAAGUCCCGAGUUCCAAGUCGAGGGGCUGGGGGAGACGCAGAUUGAGUUCUUUCCAGCAGGAGAAGUGAACUCAAGACCUGGCUGGUGCUCGCUCAGGCUACGGAUUCCGGACGGCAGCCGGCUACGCUGGAAGGUGAGGAUCGGAGCAAAAGAGUUCGAUGUGAGGGACGACCACUAUGACUCCAAGCAAUGGUGGAACCGGUACGGCAUCCAAUGCUUGAACUUCUGUCAGAUUGAAGACCUUCUGCUGGAAACCAUGCCGGAGUCCAAUACCGUGCAGCUGGGCAUUCAGGUCUUGGAGGUGAUGAACAAGCCCUCGGAAGCUGAGCAGACACCAUUCACCGGCUUUGUUGACGAUGGCAAACAGGCGGAGGCCAAGCCCCUGGUGCUCCACAGCCUUCGUCCAGGCACUGCUCCUCAGCGUCAAGCAGAGCCACGGCGGCCCUCAGUGGCCCAGGUGCCAGGACCCCCACCAGCAGCUACACCAGCAGCAGCAGCUGCACCAGCAGCAUUCAGGGAACCAUCCAAGUCCCAGCUACCAAAGCCGGCGGCCCAUGCAGUUGCUGCAGGGACUGCCUCCGCUGCUGCAGCAGCUGCAGCCUUCGCCGCUGUCAAGAGUGGGAACUUGCCCCCGGCAGUCGCCGUGAGCAGAGGUUUGCACAGGCAACGCAGCCUGGGUGCAAUGAGAUCAAAUAAAGUGACUUGAGAGAUCAAAUAAAGUGGCUUCUUGGCUUCUCGACGUGGAGCGUCCAAAC